CUCAGCGGGUUCCUUUCCUUUAUCCCAGUUGCUGGGAGAACUUGGUGUGGUGACCAGAAAGAACCUAAGACAAAAGUUACCAGGAAAGGCAGAGCCUUGUUUACACAGGGGCUCUGGGCCCGAGCAACUUCUGUCUCCCAGGGUCUUUGGAGUGGGCGCCCUGCCUGCCAGUAAGAGGGAAGCUGGCAUCCCCGGGAGAGCUGGUGCUGCGAAGGGCACUGAGCUUGUGGAAGACUCCCCCCACCCCCACCCCACCCCCUACUCUUGCUGAGGCGUCUGCAGGAAGGCAGGGAGCCAGAACGAUUGCCCAAGGACCCACUGAGGUGCAGAUUCUUCACGGAGUGCCUCAGUGAGAGCUGCAUUCCCCGGGCAACAGACACUGGAAAUGGAGAGUUGAGCCGAGGGUGAGACCGCACUGAUACAGGGAGGACUCCGCAGGGGAUGGCUGAAAGGGCCCAUCAAGUCCAGGACCGACCGGAGGAGACCAUCUCAGAGGAGAAUGGGAGUUCUGCUUUGAAAACGGGAAAGAAUAUAUGGACACAGAGCGGGAAGUUCUGCAGUGUACCGCCUACCCCGAGGUGCAGAGCUUCUGCCAGAAGCACGGCUUGACAUUUGAGGUGGUUGAUCUGAGGUGGGGUGUCCCGAACACACAAGCCACUGAACACUUGACCAUAGACCUCUGCUUAGAAGAACUUGAGCGCUGCCAGAAAACGUCCAUAGGACCAGCUUUUGUGGCUCUCCUGGGGGACCAGUAUGGCCCCUGCCUGGUUCCCCAGCGGAUGGAAGAGAAAGAGUGGAAGGCGCUGAGGACCCAGCUGGCCUCCAGGCCUCGCGAUCUGGAGCUGGUGGCCAGACAUUUCCAGAGAGACGACAACACCGUCCCUCCCACCUACUUGCUGCAGCCUCCAGGCUCUGUGGAGGCCUCAGGGCCUGAGGAGGCCACUUUGACCUCUGUCCUUCAGGGUGGAGCCCAGGAGGCCUGGAGGCUGGGCCUCAUCAGCCAGGAGCAAUGGAAGCGUUACCAUCGGUCAGUCAUUGAGUGGGAGAUUGAGUGGGGUCUCCUGAGCUCAGCAGCAGGGGCCCAGGCAGCCACUGUCUUCCUGAGAGACGUACAGGACCUCAGUAAACACAUCUUGGAUGAUUGCUCUCUGAAGAUGGUGGAUCGGCUGGCGGAUGGCUGCCUGGACACCAACACCCAGAGUCUUCUCAGUGGCCUUAAGGGACGGAUAUUGGAUGCUCAGCCUGGAGCCCUAAAGUCCCACCGCCUGCCCUGGAGCCGUGACCUGGUCAACCCCAAGAACAAGGCUCAUGCCCGCUACCUGAAGGAGCUGAGCGAGCAGUUUGUGGCCAGGACCAACCAUCAAGUCCUGGAGCAACUGCGAGAGCUGGAGUCCGCCAGACAGGAGCUGGGCUGGCUCUACCAGGAGAUCCGCCACCAUCUCUGGCAGAGUACAGAGUCCGCCAGGAUCUUCUGUGGCCACCAGGAGCUCCUGGCCCAGCUGGGACAGCGGCUCAGACAGGAUGACAGCCGGCCCCAUACGCCGUUGGUCCUUUUUGGACCUCCCGGCAUCGGGAAGACUUCCCUCAUGUGCAAACUGUCUGAGCAGGUACCAGGGCUUCUUGGCCACAAGACUGUGGUCAUCCUGAGGCUGUUGGGGACAUCAAAGAUGAGCCUGGACGCCCGAAGCCUCCUCAGGAGUGUGUCCUUUCAGGUGUGCUUGGCCUACGGGCUGCCACUGCCCCCAACCCAGGUCCUGGAGGUCCACAGCAGGAUGGGACAUUUCUUCCACACGCUCCUCCACACUGUGUCCCGUAGGAACUUUGAGUCCUUGGUGCUGCUCCUGGACUCGGUGGAUGAUCUGGAUUCCAUAUGCCAUUCUCGGAGGGUCUCCUGGCUGCCCCUCAGGUGUCCCCCAAGGGUACAUGUCAUCCUUUCUGCAUGCGCAGGCCAGCAGGUGCUAUACACACUGCAACAGACGCUCAAGGACCCCAGUGCCCACUGGGAGGUGAAGGCCCUGUCUGGGUGUCAGGGACAGGAGCUCAUCCAACUGCUGUUGGCUGCGGAGAGGAGAACGCUGAGCCCAGCUCAGAGGGACGUCCUCCGGGCCAGCCUCCCAGAGUGCGGCCACCCAGGGCGACUACGGCUGGCCUUCGAGGAGGCCCGGAAGUGGGCCUCCUUCACUGUGCCAGUGCCCUUGGCCGCCACAGCUGAGGAGGCCACACACCAGCUCUGCGUCCGCCUGGAGGACACUCAUGGGCAGCUGCUGGUCGCCCAUGUGUUGGGGUACAUUGUGUCUUCCCGGUACGGUCUGUCGGAGGCAGAACUGAAGGAUGUGCUGUCUUUGGAUGACGAGGUCCUGCAGGCUGUGUACAGGGACUGGACGCCGCCCAGCAAGGAGCUCCUGCGCUUCCCGCCCCUGCUGUGGGUGCGGCUCCGCCGGGACCUGGCACCCUGCUUGACUAGGAGGCCUGUGGAUGGCUGCACACUGCUGGCCAUCGCGCAAAGACAGCUGUCCCAGGUGAUCCGGGUUCGAUACCUGUCUGGGCCCGAGAGAUCCAAGAGACAUAGUGUGCUAGCUGAAUUCUUCUCUGGAGCCUGGAGUCAGGGCACCAAGAAACUCAUCACCCUGCCGCUCGUGGGGAAGCCACUAAACCUGGACCGGAAGGUGGCCCCACAGCCACUGUGGUUCUCAGGCACAGUGGCCAACUGGAGGAGGCUAACAGAGCUGCCCUUCCAUCUGUUGCAUGCGGGCCGCAUGGAGGAGCUGAAGCAGGAGGUGCUGGGGAACAUGAACUGGAUGUCCUGCCGGGGCAUCUCUGGGGGCAUCGAGGACCUGCUGGACGACUUUGACAUGUGUGCCUCUCACAUGGACUCUCCUGAUGUUGGUCUGAUCAGAGAAGCCCUCCAGCUGUGCCGCCCUGCUGUGGAGCUCCGGGGCAUGGAGAAAAGCGUCCUGUACACUGAACUCCUGGCCAGGCUGCUCUUCUUUGCUCCGUCACAUCCCGCGAUGAUCGGACAGCUGUGCCAACAAGCCCAGAGCUGGUUCCGGGCCUGCCCACACCCAAUGCUGGUGCCCCUGGCCGGGUUCCUGCAGCCACCUGGGGGACGACUUCAAGCCACUCUCACUGGGUGUCACAAAGGCAUCACCGCCAUAGCGUGGGGCCCGGAAGAGACACUGCUGGUGGUGGGCACCCAGGACGGCACCGUGGUCGUGUGGGACGUGGAGGGACAGCAGGUGGUCCACACUCUAACAGGACACACAGCUGAAGUGAAGUGCAUUCGAGUAUUUGCCCAGGGGACUCUCGCCAUCUCUGCAUCAGAGGACCACACCCUGCGCCUGUGGAGCCUGCUCUCUGGCCAGGAGAAAGUCACCAUUGUGGACAGAGGCUCAGCAAAUCCCACGGAGCCUCAGAGCUGGGGCCUCCAUGUAGAUGAGAAAAACAAAGUCGUAUUCUCGACAUCUAGUACAAAGAUCAACGUGUGGAAUCUGGAAACCUCGAAGCUGGUUUUCUGUGUCCCAGGAGAAGCCUCUGAUCCCUGGGCCUUUGUGGCAGUGCUGGCCGCCCAGGGCGUGCUACUCGCUGUGUCCCAGGGUGGUGAGGUCAGUCUGUGGAGCUCAGCCACAGGAAAACUGCAGGGGAAACGCCAGCUGUGCAGCAUCAAAGAGGAGACGCCCACCUGCGCCGUCUGCAUCCAGACACAGGCGAAGCUGGUCACUGGCUUCAGCAGCGGCUCCAUCUCCCUGGUUGCCUCUGGAGAAGACAGCCUGCUGGAGAAGCUUCCAGAAGCUGUGGGGUUCCUGGUGGCGUCUGAAGAUGAUUCCAUUCUUGCAGCAGGCUUUGGAAAAUCUGUGCGGAUUUUCUUGGCCGACUCACAAGGCUUCCACCGGUUCAUGGCCACGGAUCUGGAACACGAGGACAUGGUGGAGACAGCGGUUUUGGGUCCUGAGAACAACCUGAUUAUCACUGGCUCCCGGGAUGCACUCAUCCAGGUGUGGAGUCUCUCAGAACAGGGGACCCUGCUGGACGUCCUAGAGGGCGUGGGCGCCCCUGCAAGCCUGCUGGUCCGGGGUGGGACUCUGGUGGUGUCUGCAUCCUGGAAGUCUUCAUCUUUAAAAGUCUGGGAUCUCAGGUCCUCUCUGAAGCCGAGGCCUCCUGCUCCAUUUCUGGACCGCACGGGCCUCGCGGCCGUGUCCCACCAUGGCAGCUACAUCUACUUCCCCAAGGUUGGGGACAAAAACAAAGUCACGAUUUGGGACUUGGCAGAAGGCGAGGAGCAGGAUUCCCUGGACACAUCCAAUGAGGUCCGGUGUCUGGAGGUGGCUGAGCAGGCCGAGCUCCUCUUCACGGGCCUGGUUUCGGGGAUUGUGCUGGUGUUCCCCCUGAAGUCCAGGCAAGACGUGCUGUGCAUUCCCCCGCCCGAGGCCCGCAAGGCUGUCAACUGCAUGUCCCUGAGCAAGGGCGAGGACCGGCUGGCCAUCGCCUACGACAACAUUGUCCUGGUGCUGGACAUCAGCCCCGGGGACCCGUGUCCCGCCAUCGAAGGCCCCACAUACACCUUUUACACCCAGCUGCCGGAGACCAUAGCCAGUGUGGCCGUGCUCGCUGACUACCGCGUGCUCUACGGCAUGACCGAUGGGGGCCUCUUUCUGUACGACUGUGCACGGUCCAAAGUGUUCCCUCUGGAGGCCCACGGCAGCAGCGUGAGCUGUGUGGAGGUCAGCCACGGGGAGCAGCUGGCGGUGAGCGGGGCGGAUGAUGCUCUGCUCUGCCUCUGGGACCUGCAAGCUUGCAGGGGGAUGUUCGAGAUGAGCUACGAGAGCUCCUACUGUAGAGGGGUGCGGUGUGCCUGCUUCUCCAAGGAUGACAAGUACGUGUUUGCAGGCAUGAAGGACCGCUCCAUCAUCGCCUGGAGUGCGCUGGAUGGCACCCUGCUGGCCGUCCAGUUUGUCCACGCCGUGGUCAACCGAAUCAUCCCCACUGCCAAUGGCUUCAUGGCCCCCACGAGCCACGGCUACCUCAUCCGAGAGCGCUUUCAGUGCCCAUCAGCCAGAGCCUCCCAGCAAGACCCUCUCAAGAGCUUCAAGAAGGCGGUGUGGCUGGUGAAGGCCAGGCAGAGGGAAGGGCAGCCGGCUGUGGCGGAGGCCUCCCGGGACACGGGAUCAGUGGCUGCGGAGGGAAAGGAGUCCAAGUCAAACAAGCACUCCCAGAUCUGCCUGAUACUCUGAAUGCCUGUGGAGGCCGGGAAUGCAGUGGCUUUGACUCACCCGGUUGAGGCAAUCUGGCCGGAUCUGCUGGUGCCCUGUGACCGGCCUCCCUCUAAAUCUUCACCUGCUUCCCUCAGGUUAGCAGCAGCCUGCAUCUCCCACCCCACUCCAAGAACCUGGAUCAAAACCUUGGCUCUGCCUCUGCUGGGCUCAUCCUUGAGCCAAUCACUGGGAGGAUCUGCAAUCACUGUGGGGACCAAGAGUGACCCUGUCAGGGGAAUGCCGUGUGGCAGAGUGACAGACCACGGGGAUGUGGUGGGCACGCCUGUCCUGUCCUGGAUGGCGCGAGCACCCAGCUGUGGCCCAAAUCUGCAUGGCAAAGUCAGCCUGUGCUAGGCUCUUUCAUUUUCCACACGUGAAGCCAGAGGUCUGGACUGUCACAGGACACACACUCUAGCCUUUUCCAGUCUGAUGAUUGGUACACAUGAUCAGCCUGAGCCUGAAAAUGAUGUGUAUAAAAUCCAUUCUGGCUGCUUGGUGGCGUAGCCUUCAACACUCAGGAGCUGGAGGCUGGUGGACGCCUCUGUGUUCAGGGCCAGCCUGGUCUACAGAGCGAAUUCCAAGGCAGCCAGGAGAGAGGCACUAUCAAAAAGAAGAAAAAAAGAAAACAAAAGAAAUCCACAUGGGGCUGGAGCUGGCACCUGCAGACCUAGUGUGAGGAUGGAGCUUGGCCUAAGGACCGUGGUCAUGCCAGAUGUGCAUUGCUGCCCACCUGCAGGCCCAGCCCCAGAAUGUGGAGAUGGCUGUUCUCGCUUCAUUCUGCUGCUGCGGCAAAAACACUCUGAGCAAAAGCAACUUGGGGUGGUGGGGUGUUGAGGGUUCGUUUGGCUUCCACCUCCAGGUCACGUUCCACCACUGAGGGAAGCCAGGGAAAGAACUCAGUCCUAGUCACUGUUCUAUUGCUGCCCCUAAAAAGCAGACUUAAUUGGGGUGGCUUACGGUUUCAGAGGUUAGUCCAUUGUCGUCAUGGCGGGAGCAUGGUGGCUGCAUGGUAGGCAUAGUGCUGGAGAAGGAGCUGAGAUAUGUAUCGUGAUCUGCAGACAGACAGGGACAGAGAGCCUGGGCUUGGCAUGGACUUUUGAGACCUCAAAGCCUACCCCAUGAUACACCUCCUCCAACAAGGCCGCACCUACCCCUUGUAAUCCUUUCAAACAGUUCUGCUCCCUAGUGGCCAAGCAUUGUAAUGUAAUGUGCCUACCAAAACCAUUCUCAUUCAGUUCACCACAGGAACCAAGGAGGGCGCUGUUUCUUACCUUCCUCUGGACCAUUAGCUAACUUUCUCAGACAGCCCCAGAGCCACCUGCCCAGGGAAUGGGUUUCCUCCUACAUCCAUUAACAGUCAAGACAGUCCCCCAUGGACAAGCCCAUGGACCACCCUGAUCUGAGUAGUUGGCUUGUCUGGUGACUCUAGACUGGGUAAAGCUAACUAGGUUACAGAGGAUCCUGGGCAUUCCCACUAGCUAAGCUAGACACAUCUGUGAGCUCUGGGUUUGAUUAAGACACCCUGCCUCAAUGAAUCAGGUGGAAGGGAACCAAGGAUGAUUCCUGACUCAACCUCAGGCCUCCACAAAUACACAUGCACACGCGUGUGCCCACACAUACGCGCACGCGCGCGCGCACGCACACACACACACACACACACACACACAGUCUAUGAUGCCCAAAUUGGCCUCACACUUGUGUGGAGCUAAUGGCCCUGUUGAACCCUUGUCCUCCCCACCUGGACUGCUUGUUGGAUCCCAGUCAUGCCCACGCUCGACAGGACACACUAGCGUCUUGCUGCUUUGCUGCUAGGCCCGCUGCCUUGAAGAGCUCUCUCCACUGUGCCCACGGUCUUGUACCGAGCCUGGCUUGUGCCUGGAGCCCUGCUGCAGGUGGCCCUUAGCUGGUAGAGCUGGCCUGACACCGUGGGACCCUAGACUCAGUGACAGCAGCAGCGGAAGAGAACUAGCUAGGCAAGCACUCCACUGCAAGCCCCCAGCCCCUCCCUGGGUGAUUCCAGGCAGGGGCUCUGCGGCUAAGUCACACUUCCAGCUGCAGAAUGAGGCCUUUGAAGAUAUCACAUUCAGUUAUUUCCCCAAUGAAGGUUCCAGAAUGGAGUUCUGAAAAUGUCAGUGUCAAAUUUCAUUUUAAAACAAACAAAUAAACAAUGGUCUGGAGAGACGCUCGGCACUUAAGCUUCAUGCUGCUCUUGCAGAGGACCAGGUCUGAUGCUUAGCACCCACACCAGGUGGCUCACAAAAGCCCCAGGGGAAUCCAAUGCCUUAGGCCUUUGCAGACACCUACACACACGGGCCUCCACAAAUACACAUGCACACGCGCGCGCACACACUUCAAUAAGAUUAAUCUUUUAAAAACUUAUGGGCCAAUGAGCUGACGUGAUGGAUAUGACACUCAACCCUGAUGGCCUGAGUUCUGUCUCCGAGACCCUCAGGGUGGGAGGAGACACUCACCUCACAGAGUUUCUCAACGAUGCCACACAUUCACCGGGGCCAUCACAACCCCACCCCAUCAAGCACACACCUACACAAUAAUAAUAAUAAAUUUAAAGAAUGUAUUUUAAGUUGUAGCUUAAAAAUAUAUGCUCAGGUACAUUGAGCAAUAACUUUAGAUUUUUUUUUUUGGGGGUUUUCAAGACAGGGUUUCUCUGUGUUGUUUUGGAGGCUGUCCUGGAACUCGCUCUGUAGACCAGGCUGGCCUCGAACUCACAGAGAUCCGCCUGCCUCUGCCUCCCAAGUGCUGGGAUUAAAGGCGUGCGCCACCAACGCCCGGCUUAACUUUAGAUUUUUAAUGUCUUUAUUACCCUGUGCUAACUGUAUAUAUUAAUGGGGACCUGAGAGAUAUUUCAGCGUGAAUGCAGCCCACGCUCAUCAGACAGCCUCUCUAUGUACCUUCACCUCUGUCCCAGGCCAGUCCUUACAGCCCCACGGCCUUUAAGGCCGGUGUAUGAACCAGGGAGCGUGGCACCGUCCUUCUCUGCCCCACCUCAUUGAGCAUGUCCUUCAGUUCUGCCUAUUUUGUUACAAAUGAGUCUUUGCUCUUCUUCUCUAUGGCUGAAUGGUAGUCAUUGAGUGUACCGCGCUCUUUUAGGAAGUCUCCCACCAUCGCCAUUUAACUGAAGGACCCUUAGCUUGAGGGACAGCCCUUCAUGGGGAAAGACUACUUUUUUGCUUCUUUCUUUCUUUCUUUUUUUCUUCUUUCUUUAUCUUCUUCUAUAUCUUCUUUUUUUUUCUUUGAGACAGGGUUUCUCUGUUUCUCUGUAGCUCCAUAGACAGGUUGACCUCCAGCUCACGGAGAUCCGCCUGCCUCUGCCUCCUGAGUGCUGGGAUUAAAGGCUUUGCAUGAAUCGGUUUAACAAAUACAGAAAGGAUGAGUUCCUCAUGACAGGGAAAGUUUUAAUGUACAGUUUCUGGCCUAAAAUUCCAGUAUCUGGGGCAUGACCUCACAGGCAUUUAAUCCCAGCACUUGGGAAGCAGAGGCAAGAGGAUCUCUGUGAGUUCGAGGCCAGCCUGGACUAUAUAGCAAGACCCUGUCUCAAAAACAAAACACAAUAAAAUUCCUGUGUUCAUCGCAACAGUC